AUGGCGGAAUUCGUCGAUCUCGAAACCCAAGACGGCGUUCGCAUGCCGUGGAACGUAAUCCCCGGCACAAAACAGGAAGCCUUAAACGUCGUCGUUCCAGUUGCGGCAAUCUACACUCCAAUUAAACACUUCCCUUCCAUGCCCGUUCUCCCUUAUUCUCCACUCCGAUGUCGAACGUGCCGUUCAAUUCUCAAUCCUUUCUGUAUCGUCGAUUUCGCCGCCAAGAUCUGGAUCUGUCCUUUUUGUUUCCAACGCAACCAAUUUCCGCCUCAUUACGCUUCCAUUUCCGAUGAUAAUCUUCCCGCCGAGCUUUUCCCUCAGUACACUACCGUUGAAUAUGAUUCACCUAGUGAUCCCGCUCCGCACGUGCCUCCUGUUUUUCUAUUCGUCGUUGAUACGUGUGUUAUUGAAGAGGAAAUCGGUUUCCUCCGAUCUGCGAUUUCUCAGGCGGUUGAGCUUUUACCGGAUAAUUCUCUUGUCGGUCUUAUUACGUUUGGGACGUUCGUUCAUGUGCAUGAGCUUGGGUUUGGUAUUGUUCCUAAAACCUAUGUGUUUAGAGGUUCUAAGGAUCUUUCCAAGGAUCAGCUAUUAGAGCAGAUGAGUUUCUUUGCGAAGAAACCGAAGCCGGCAGUUGGUGUUGUUGCCGGUGCACGGGACGGGCUUUCUUUAGAGAGUAUUUCGCGGUUUUUGCUUCCGGCUUCGGAGUGUGAGUUCACGCUCAAUUCGGUUUUAGAUGAGCUGCAGAGGGAUCCCUGGCCGGUACCGGGUGAUCAGCGGGAGGCGAGGUCCACAAGCACGGCACUGAGUAUUGCAGCUAGUUUAUUGGGGGCUUGUGUUCCUGGUUCUGCUGCAAGAAUAAUGGCAUUUAUUGGGGGACCUGCAACUGAAGGACCUGCCCCGAUUGUAUCCAGACAACUUUCUGAACCAAUUCGCUCCCACAAGGACCUGGAUAAAGAUUCUGUGCCACAUUACCAUAAAUGUGUGAAAUUCUAUGAUGGGCUUUCGAAGCAGCUUGUACAUCAAGGUCAUGUGCUAGAUCUCUUUGCUUGUGCUCUUGAUCAGGUUGGUAUUGCUGAGCUUAAAACUGCUGUUGAAAGGACUGGGGGCCUUGUUGUACUUACUGAAAGUUUUGGCCAUCCAGUUUUCAAGGAUUCACUGAAGCGUGUUUUCCAAUCGGGUGAUUGUGAUCUGGGCCUAGCAUCAAAUGGAAUAUUUGAAAUAAACUGCUCUAAGGACAUCAAAGUCCAAGGGAUUAUUGGACCUUGUGCUUCUCUUGAAAAGAAAGGCCCAUUAUGCUCAGAUGCUGUUAUUGGUCAAGGGGGUACCAGUGCAUGGAAGAUGUGCGGCCUUGACAAAUCGACAUCACUGUGUCUGUUUUUUGACAUUGCGAGGAAGGAAACUCCUGACGCUACAAUGCAAUCCACAAGCAAUCAGUUUUACUUCCAAUUCUUGACUUAUUAUCAGAAUAAUAGUGGACAGAUGAGAUUCCGGGUUACAACCCUUUCACGUAGAUGGGUUGCUGGACCAGGAAGCAUACAGGACUUGAUUUCUGGAUUUGACCAAGAAGCAGCUGCUAUAGUCAUGGCACGCCAAGUGUCAUUCAAAAUGGAAACGGAGGCUGAAUUUGAUCCUAUCAGAUGGUUGGAUAAGGCAUUGAUAAAUUUGUGUUCCCGGUUCGGAGAUUUUCAAAAAGAUACUCCAUCUUCAUUUAGUUUAUCUCCCAGGUUGUCAAUAUUCCCACAAUUUAUGUUUCACUUAAGACGUUCUCAGUUUGUUCAGGUCUUCAACAACAGCCCUGAUGAGACUGCUUACUUUAGAAUGAUUCUAAAUCGGGAAAAUGUUACUAAUUCUGUUGUCAUGGUUCAGCCUUCAUUAAUUUCAUAUUCGUUUCAUUCUGGUCCUGAACCUGCUCUUCUCGAUGUCGCAGCCAUUGCGGCUGACAGGGUUCUUCUUUUAGAUGCAUUUUUCACAGUUGUUAUUUUUCAUGGUUCAACCAUUGCCCAAUGGCGCAAGGCUGGAUAUCAUAAUGAGCCAGAGCAUCAGGCAUUUGCUCAGUUGCUACGAGCUCCUCAUGAUGAUUCAGAUUUAAUAAUGAAAGAUAGAUUUCCUGUGCCUCGACUGGUUGUUUGUGAUCAGCAUGGAUCUCAGGCUCGAUUUCUACUAGCCAAGUUAAAUCCUUCUGCAACAUAUAACACUGAAGCUUCCCUCCCAGGAGGUGAUAUUAUCUUUACGGAUGAUGUUAGCUUCGAGGUCUUCCUGGAUCAUUUACAGAGAUUAGUUGUUCAAUAG